UGGCAACAUUGUUUGUUUUGAGAAGUCUGUCAAAAACAUUUGACUGUCAAAAUUGUCGCCGAGACUUACUAGUCAUAGUUGAGUACAAUUUUUGAUUGCCUUUUGUACGAAAAUGUCAGACCAAGAAGAAAAAGUGGAACAGUUUAAAGGUGUAACUGGUGCUAACGAUGAAAGGGCCAGAUUUUUCCUGGACUCGUCGGCUUGGCAAGUUGAGGUUGCUAUAGCAAGAUACUAUGAAAAUGAGGGUGGGGAUGAUGCUGAUGUGUCUUUGGUUGAAGAUGUACCAGAACCUACAAUAAUUGCCAAAAAGCCAGCACCCAGAGCUAAGAGUUCCAACUUUCAUACUCUAAAUACUUUAACAACGUCAAGCGAUGAAGAAGAGGAAGGACAAGCCUACUAUGCAGGUGGAUCUGAGCAUAGUGGCCAACAAGUGCUUGGACCCCCAAAAAACCGCAAUAUUGUAUCAGACAUGUUCAGAUCAGUCCAGGAACAUGGUGUGGAAAUUUUGGACCCGGCUGCAAGCAGCUCUGGCUCCAGGGUUUUCAAGGGGACUGGCUACAAACUGGGCCAAGACACAAAUGAUACUGUUGUGAUACCAGGUGCUGCAGAUCCAGUGCCACCCAGGCAAGUAACGCUUAGAUUGUGGCAAAAUGGAUUUAGCAUAAAUGAUGAAGAUUUGCGCACUUACAAUGAUCCUGAUAAUAGGGACUUUCUGGAGAGCAUUAGGAGGGGGGAAAUACCACAUGAAUUAAGGCAGGGUGGCAGUGAGAUCCAUUUGGCAAUGGAGGAUCACAGAAUGGAAGAAUUCAGAAAGAUAACAUCCAGAAAGGGAGGAAAGGUUUUCCAAGGUCAAGGUUACACUUUGGGAAGUCCCACUCCCAAAGUAAUUGGUGCUCCCAAUAAUGAAGAUAAACCAGCUAAUGAAGCUAAGGCUAAAGAAACCACCAAUGUUAACACAUCGGAACCAACUACAAAUUUGCAGAUAAGAUUGGCGGAUGGUACCAGAUUAGUGGGGCAGUUUAACCAUGAACACACUGUAGGAGCUGUAAGGAACUACAUAACCAUAGCAAGGCCUCAAUAUCAAACUCAGCCAUUCAAUCUCAUGUCCUCGUACCCAUCAAAAGUACUUGAAGACUCCCAGACACUCAAAGAAGCUGGCCUUUUAAACGCAGCUAUUAUGCAAAAGCUUAUCUAGUUAUUUUUUAUGGUUAAAAUAUUAUAUAUUUAGCAAUAGAUUUUCUAAAUUAAUAUAGGUAUAAUAAUAUUGGUUUGCAUUCAACAGGCGUUAUUUAUUUCAAUUAAUGAACAAAUAUACUGUAAAAAUAA